GGAGACAGUGUCUCCCCUGGGGCAGUCGCGCAUCGUCCCCGAACCCACUGGAGGCAGAACUUUCGGGGACAACUUUUACCCAGUUUGCUCCCCCUUUUUGCCAAACCCUAAAAUGAAAGGACAAAAGUUGGCGCUGACUCUUGCAGCUCGGAUGGCGACUUGUGCGUUUUCAGCGGCAUCUCCCGGAGAAAAACCCAUGCGCGCCUGAUUGUUCUGUGGCCCCCAAGCUGCAGUGCGUGUGGGUGUGUGUGUGUUUGGGUGUGUGUCUGUGUGUGUACACAGACGUCCACACACUCACUCGCGGCCGCAGGAUCAGCGCCUGGAAGCAGACGUUUCGGCCGCAGACUUGGAGAGGAGGAGCUGGAGAUCAGGAGGCGUGAGCCGCCAGGAGUCUGCAGAAUCCGUGGUGUGAAUGAACUGGGGGCACCUGGGCUCACGGAUCGCCUCCCCCACCCCACCCCCCGCCCCGGGCCAGAGUUGAGUUGUGGGGCAUUUUUUUCACCCUCUUGUGAAGAAUUUUUUUUUUUAUUUGUUGUAAAGUCUUUUGCACAAUCACGCCCACAUUUGGGGUUGGAAAGCCCUAAUUACCGCCGUCGCUGAUGGACGUUGGAGAGGGAGCGCCUCGCCGCGAAACAGUCGCCUGCGCGCCCUCGCCGGACCCGCGGCUCCCUUGUUGCGCGCCGGCCGGGCCCUGUUCCUGCUGCCGGCAGGCGGACUUCGGCGCCCCUCUGUUCACGGACGCAUCCCAGCGCUGCUCCGGCUCAGGCACCCAGACUCGGACGCCAGUGACCGCUUGGGCUCCAAUCCCCUGAGCCUGCCCGACGCGCCCUGGAGGAGCACGCAGCUCUGCGCCGGAUCGUCCCUCCAGGCUUAACCCGGCCGCUCCGCUCAGAUUCUUCGGUUGCCCUCGCUCUUGCGGCGACUUCCUCCCCGCGCCCCCUCCCCCUCGCAAUGAAGAAGUCGAUUGGAAUAUUAAGCCCAGGAGUUGCUUUGGGGACGGCUGGAAGGGCAAUGUCUUCCAAGUUCUUCCUAAUGGCUUUGGCCAUAUUUAUCUCCUUCGCCCAGGUCGUAAUAGAAGGCAAUUCUUGGUGGUCGCUAGGUAUGAAUAACCCUGUUCAGAUGUCAGAAGUAUAUAUCAUAGGAGCACAGCCUCUGUGCAGCCAACUGGCAGGACUUUCUCAAGGACAGAAGAAACUAUGCCACUUGUAUCAGGACCACAUGCAGUACAUCGGAGAGGGCGCGAAGACAGGCAUCAAAGAAUGCCAGUAUCAGUUCCGACACCGGAGGUGGAACUGCAGCACCGUGGAUAACACCUCAGUCUUCGGCAGGGUCAUGCAGAUAGGCAGCCGCGAGACGGCCUUCACGUACGCGGUGAGCGCCGCGGGGGUGGUCAACGCCAUGAGCCGCGCCUGCCGCGAGGGCGAGCUGUCCACCUGUGGCUGCAGCCGCGCCGCGCGCCCCAAGGACCUGCCGCGGGACUGGCUGUGGGGCGGCUGCGGCGACAACAUCGACUACGGCUACCGCUUCGCCAAGGAGUUCGUGGACGCGCGCGAGCGGGAGCGCAUCCACGCCAAGGGCUCCUAUGAGAGCGCACGCAUCCUCAUGAACCUGCACAACAACGAGGCCGGCCGCAGGACGGUGUACAACCUGGCGGACGUGGCCUGCAAGUGCCACGGGGUGUCAGGCUCGUGCAGCCUGAAGACGUGCUGGCUGCAGUUGGCCGACUUCCGCAAGGUGGGCGACGCCCUGAAGGAGAAGUACGACAGCGCAGCGGCCAUGCGGCUCAACAGCCGGGGCAAGCUGGUACAGGUCAACAGCCGCUUCAACUCGCCCACCACGCAGGACCUGGUCUACAUCGACCCCAGCCCCGACUACUGCGUGCGCAACGAGAGCACCGGCUCGCUGGGCACACAGGGCCGCCUGUGCAACAAGACGUCCGAGGGCAUGGACGGCUGCGAGCUCAUGUGCUGCGGCCGUGGCUACGACCAGUUUAAGACGGUGCAGACCGAGCGCUGCCACUGCAAGUUCCACUGGUGCUGCUACGUCAAGUGCAAGAAGUGCACGGAGAUCGUGGACCAGUUCGUGUGCAAGUAGUGGGCACCCCGCCGCCCGCCUGUCACCCAGCCCCGCUCCCAGGACCCACUUAUUUAUAGAAAGUACAGUGAUUCUGUUGUUGUUGUCUUUAAUACUGUUUUAUUUUUUGUCCCCAAGAAUUGCAACCGGAACCAUGUUUUUUUUCUGUUCCCAUCUGAGAACUCUGUGGUUUAUUAUUAAUAUUAUAAUUAUUAUUUGGCAAAAAGGGGGGGGGUGGGAACCAAGAAAAUAUUUAUUCUGUGGAUCAUUGAAAAGGUAAGACAAGACUUCUUUUGCUGGUAUAUAGGAUGAGGGGGGAAUAACGCACACCUUAAGUUAGAUGUGUGCACAUCUGGAAGGUCAAGGAAACACUGUUUUCUUUGUCUCAACUAUGGGGUCAUAUGGGACAGGUAGCAUCCAGCUGCAAGAGGGUGGCACAGAUCUAUGCAUGAUUUAGCUCCUGUGACUAAAAGGAAUUCGGUGCUCUGGUGAAAGUUGAAAGGUCUUGAGAAAAAAACAAAAAAAUGAGACACCCCCCCCCCCACCGCCCCUUUCUCAGGGGCUGCCAGCCUGAAACAUUUCCAAAAUGGUAUUUAAGAGCAAAAAUCUCAUAUCCCUUAAAGAAAAAAGGUUUAUCACGUGUCGCACUGUUCUCAAACAUUCCAUCUACAGAUGGUCCAUUCUACUAGCUACUGAAACUUGGGGAGCAGGGAGGGAAGCCCCAGACAUUUAAAAAAAAAAAGAGAAAACUUUAAAACUCCUUAUAUUAAGU